AUGAGUUUAGAGAAUGAGGAUAAGAGAGCACGCACGCGGUCCAAGUCUGUCAGAGUGCCCACGGAGCUCAUCGGCCAGGAGGUGAGCUGUCCGACCCCAGGCUGUAACGGCUCAGGACACAUCCGUGGGAAGUAUGCGAGACACAGAAGUUUACAAAGCUGCCCUCUAGCAAAGAAGAGGAAACUUCAGGAUGCCGAGGCCGAACAUCUGGUGUCGAAGAGGAAAUCCCACCCGCUCAAACUGGCCUUGGAUGAAGGCUACAACGUGGACAGCGACGGCAGCGAGGAGGCUGAGGCAAAGGAGGAGUCCGUGUCGGAUGAGUCGGAGGGGACGCUGGAGGAGGACGAGGCAGAGGCCAUGGAGCAGGAGGAGACUCGCAGCCCUGAGCCAGCAGAAGGUAGAAGCCCAGCAAAAUCAUCCCACUACGGACAAAACACAACAUCAAGUACAUCUGGCCCCAGCAAGGCCAACUACAGCAGCUACCAAGAAAUAAUCGCCAACUCUCUCCUCAACUUAGGCCAAAUAGCAGAGGAAACCCUCGCCAUCGAAGGGCAGCUGCCUGAGGAUGAGCUGCAGGGCUCCAAGCCGCCGUCCAACGUUGUGCACUUGGUCCACGAGGACGCAGGAGAGGAGUUGGUGGAGGAGGAGUGUGACAAGGAGAUCAUCAUCCAGACUGAGGAUGCAGAGGAAGUCAUCGAGGUCACCAGCGAGCGCAGCAGCGAGUUGUGUCCCGAGCACCGCGACGAGGCCACCUGCGAGGAGUCCUGCAAACUGCAGAAGGCUGAGGCAGAAGAGGAUGAGGAGGAUGAGGAGGAGGAUGAAGAUGAAGAGGAGGAGGAUGACGAUGAGGAUGAGGAAGAGGAAGAAGAGGAGGAGGAUGAAGAGGAGGAGGAGAUGGCUCCCGAAGUGAUCUGUGAAGAAGCUCCCCACACUUCUCAGGACACGCAGAAAAGCCACUGUGAAGGGCAGUUCAGCCCCAAGCCCGAGUACUCGGUCAUCGUGGAGGUUCGCUCGGAUGACGACAAGGACGACGACGCCCACUCCCAGAAAUCCGCCGUGACCGACGAGUCAGAGAUGUAUGACAUGAUGACCAGGGGCAACCUGGGGCUGCUGGAACAAGCCAUUGCUCUGAAAGCCGAGCAGGUGAAAAUCGUGCGGGAGCCCGGCCGGCUGCUGGGGGAGCACGGGAAGCACUUCCAAGUGGAUGAGAAGCAGAGCAAACCGCUGGACAGCAUCCGGAAGAGCUACUAUGGCAAAGAUCCCUCAAGACCUGAGAAGCGAGAAAUCAAAUGUCCAACUCCUGGCUGUGAUGGGACUGGUCACGUCACGGGGCUCUACCCUCACCACCGCAGCCUCUCUGGUUGUCCGCACAAAGACAGGAUCCCCCCGGAGAUCUUGGCGAUGCACGAGAACGUGUUGAAAUGCCCCACACCAGGCUGCACAGGACAGGGGCACGUCAACAGCAACCGCAACACGCACAGGAGUUUAUCUGGGUGCCCCAUUGCUGCUGCUGAAAAAUUAGCCAAAUCACAUGAAAAGCAACAAACCCAGUCUGGUGAUCCUUCCAAGAGCAGCUCCAAUUCUGACCGGAUCCUCAGGCCUAUGUGCUUUGUGAAGCAACUGGAGAUCCCUCAGUAUGGAAGCUACCGGCCCAACAUGGUCCCAGCAACCCCCCGGGCCAACCUGGCCAAGGAGCUGGAGAAGUACUCCAAGGUCACCUUCGAUUAUGCAAGUUUUGAUGCUCAGGUUUUUGGCAAACGCAUGCUUGCCCCAAAGAUUCAGACUAGCGAAACCUCACCUAAAGCCUUUAAAUGCUUCGACUACUCCCACGACGCCGAGGCCGCGCACAUGGCCGCCACUGCCAUCCUCAACCUCUCCACACGCUGCUGGGAAAUGCCUGAGAAUCUCAGCACCAAGCAGCAAGAGGCCCCUGGCAAGUCCAUGGACAUUGAGGUGGAUGAGAAUGGGACUCUGGAUUUGAGCAUGAACAAGCACCGCAAACGGGAGAGCACCUUUCCCAGCAGCAGCAGCUGCAGCAGUAGUCCCAGCAUGAAAUCCCCAGAUGUGUCCCAGCGCCAAAACAGCACCAGUGCCACGAGCAGCACCAUGACAUCCCCCCAGUCCAGCCAGACCUCCCGCCAGGAUGAAUGGGAUGGGCCCAUUGACUACACCAAACCAAACCGCCAGCGGGAAGAGGAGCCCGAAGAGUCAGAGCUUGCUGCCCACUCUUUUGCCUCCUCGGAAGCUGAUGAGCAAGAAGUGGUGGAGGAAAACUUUGAGGAAAGAAAAUACCCAGGGGAAGUUACUUUAACCAAUUUCAAGCUUAAAUUCCUCUCCAAGGACAUCAAGAAAGAGCUGCUCACUUGCCCGACCCCAGGCUGCGACGGCAGUGGACACAUAACAGGGAACUAUGCCUCUCACCGCAGCCUUUCUGGUUGUCCUCUUGCUGACAAGAGCCUCAGAAACCUCAUGGCUGCCCACUCUGCUGACCUCAAGUGCCCUACUCCUGGUUGUGAUGGCUCUGGUCACAUAACAGGAAAUUAUGCAUCGCAUAGAAGUCUGUCAGGCUGCCCUCGUGCCAAGAAAAGUGGGAUCAAGAUCACCCCGACAAAGGAUGAUAAAGAAGACCCAGAGCUGAUGAAGUGUCCUGUUCCUGGCUGCGUGGGGCUGGGGCACAUCAGCGGCAAGUACGCGUCUCACCGCAGCGCCUCGGGGUGUCCUCUGGCCGCCCGCAGGCAGAAGGAAGGAUCCCUCAACGGCUCCUCCUUCUCCUGGAAGUCCUUGAAGAACGAAGGCCCCACGUGCCCUACCCCGGGCUGCGACGGCUCUGGCCACGCCAACGGCAGCUUCCUCACUCACAGGAGUUUGUCAGGGUGCCCAAGAGCUACUUUUGCUGGGAAGAAAGGAAAACUCUCAGGGGAUGAAAUACUCAACACAAAGUUCAAGACCAGCGAUGUUCUGGAGAACGAUGAAGAGAUCAAACAGCUGAACAAGGAGAUCAGUGAGCUGAACGAGUCCAACUCAGAGAUGGAAGCAGCCAUGGUGAAGCUGCAGUCGCAGAUCUCCACCAUGGAGAAGAACCUGAAGAACAUUGAGGAGGAGAACAAAAUCAUAGAGGAGCAAAACGAAGCCCUGUUCCUGGAGCUCUCAGGGUUGAGCCAGGCUCUGAUCCAAAGUCUUGCCAAUAUCCGCCUUCCUCACAUGGAGCCAAUCAGUGAGCAGAACUUCGAUGCAUAUGUGAACACGCUGACUGACAUGUACACCAACCAGGAGUGCUACCAGAACCCAGAGAACAAGGACCUGCUGGAGAGCAUCAAGCAAGCUGUCAAGGGCAUCCAGGUUUAG